AUGCGUUGUCCAAAGAUGGAGCAAUGCUCGCUGAAUUGUAUGAACAAAGGUCUUGAAUCGGCGUUGCCUUGCGUUAUCAAACACUGCAAUGUGCACUGUUUCGACGGGGAUUGUCCGCAGUGCGCUAGUAUGGCGAAACGGAUUUUCCUGCAUAUUUGUCGUGAAAAUGAUGUGCCACAUUUACCGAUGGUCAUGUUUAACGGCACCUGUUUGGGGCUGUUCGAUAAAGUCGUACGAAAAUAUAUCGAUGCCAACAAGAAUAACGAUUGA